CUUUGUACCUUACUCACUACCGAGUCAAUCAUCCAAUUACUACUCUCCUCACCUAAUCAACGGCUUAUUCUGCAUUGCCAGUUGGACCGUGACUCCACAGGAGUACUGUUGACUGGAUUAGUCUAUUUUCUGGGGGCAGCUUGGAUGUUACCUUGCCGCGUGGUAGUAUUCGAUUCUUCCCCAGUCCCCAUAAGGUCCAUCAUGAGGACAGAACCUACUCGGCUCAUGCUCGACAGCUCCGAAUCAGUCGUAGUUUCUUCCAAGCUACCUUGCCCGUGUGUUUUUUUUUUUUGGUCAAUCUGCCUCCCCUUCGCGUCUCGCGAUCUUUUUUAGACCCCCAUCUCCUUCUUAAUCUCUUCCUCUUCCUCCCCUUCUUUUUUUUUUCUUCUUUUCCCCACACCCGCGAUCUUCUUUCUCCUCCUCCAGCACCCACACCACCCCUUCAACUCCUCCACUCCGCGCCCGAUCGCGCUCCACCACUGCAACACCUCUUCGACCUCCCCGCUCUCGGGUGAAUCUCUUGCACAUUGUUCGCCAUGGCAGAGAUUGAAUCCAAGGCUCCGACCACCGAGGUUGGUCUCGACUCGUCCUCCGAGCACGACGUCGUGCGCCCCCGUGGUUGGAUGUACAAGCGGAUCGGUGUCGGCAAGUGGAAUGUCGGCUGGUAUGCUUCCCCCAAGUUCCAGCUCGGCAUGGUCGCAUUCGUCUGCUUCAUGUGCCCCGGCAUGUUCAACGCUCUCGGUGGUCUCGGCGGUGGUGGUAAGGCCGAUGCUCAUUUGGCCGAUCAAAUGAAUGUUGCCCUCUACAGUACCUUUGCCGUGGUUGGUUUCUUCGCCGGUACCAUUGUCAACCGUCUGGGUGUUCGCGCCUCUCUGUCCUUUGGUGGCAUUGGUUACUGUCUUUACUCGAUUUCCCUGCUCGUCUCCGUCCACAAGUAUGUCCCCGGCUUCAACAUCUUUGCUGGCGCUUUCCUGGGUGUUUGCGCUGGUCUGCUGUGGACUGCUCAGGGCACCAUCAUGAUGUCCUACCCUCUGGAGCAGUCCAAAGGUCGCUACUUUGCUUGGUUCUGGGCCAUUUUCAACGUCGGUGCUUGCAUUGGUAGUCUGAUCCCUCUUGGAGAGAAUAUCAACGUCAAGACCAACAGUACCGUCAGUGAUGGCACCUACAUUGCCUUCAUUGUGCUCAUGUUCUUCGGUGCCUGCCUGGCCCUGUUCAUUUGCGAUGCCGACAAGAUCGUCCGCGAGGAUGGCUCCCGUGUCAUUCUGAUGAAGAGCCCCAGCUGGUGGACCGAGAUCUACGGUCUGUGGGAGACCGUCAAGGCCGAGCCCUACAUCAUCCUGCUCUUCCCCAUGUUCUGGUCCUCCAACUGGUUCUACACCUACCAGCAGAACGGUAUCAACGGUGCCUACUUCGAUACCCGUACCAAGGCUCUCAACGGCUUCCUGUACUGGUUCGCUCAGAUUGUGGCCGCCGUCAUCAUCGGCCCUCUGUUGGAUAUUGAGGGUAUUCGUCGCAGUGUCCGUGCCAAGAUCGCCUUUGGUGUCCUGUUUACUCUGACCAUGGUCAUCUGGGGUGGUGGCUAUGCCUGGCAGAAGCACUACACCCGUGCUGAUGUCGGCAAGGAGGCUAUCGCCGCCGGCACUUUCGUUCCAUGGGACUGGACCACCAAGGGCUACGUUGGCCCUAUGUUCUUGUACUUCUUCUACGGCAUGUAUGAUGCUGUCUGGCAAGGCGUUGUCUACUGGUUCAUGGGUGCCCUCGGCAACUCUGGUCGUCGUCUCGCCAACUUGGCCGGUUUCUACAAGGGUCUGCAAUCCGCCGGUGCCGCCGUGAUGUGGUCCCUCGACAGCAAGGAGACCCCCUUCAUGAACGAACUCGCCUCCAACUGGGGUAUCCUCUCGGGCUCCCUCAUCGUCGCCCUCCCCGUCAUCUUCUUGCGCAUCCGCGAUACAGUUCCCGUGGAAGACGAUCUCAAGGGUACCGACGAGACGAUCGAGGAUGUCCUCCCUCCCGAUGCGAUCGCCGAGAAGCGUGCACACGGCGAGAUCUAAGUUCUGGGUUACAUGCCACCCCCGAGCAUCGGAACUCGUGUGAAUCAAGGGAAAAAUAUCUCUACGCAUGUGUGCAUUUCCUCCGAUUCGGAUCCGGCCUCGCUUUCUUUGUUCACGGGAUCAUCAAUGGACGUGACCCUUCCCACCUCGGUCUUGGGGGGUUUCCUAGUAUGAUGACUCGUUAUGAGAUUUACGGAUGACGCUUUUCAUUUUUCCAUUCCCCUGAUCAUUUGCCCCCUUUUAAUACUGUGAGAUGCAUAGUUGCGCGUUUCGCCAUCCCCCCCCUUUUUUUUUGCUACAUACCCGGUUUCGCGAAUGGAAAAAGCUGUCAUGAAUAUGAA